AUGUUUGUCAUAUUUAUGAGAGAUAAAAAAUAUUGUCGUGUAAAAAUUCGGAAUUUGCUAAACAAUUUGACAAACUUAAUAGGAAAUGUUUGUAAAUUAGGUCCCAAUAGAAAUAGAAAAUCGAAAUUUAUUCCCAAACAAGCAACUCUCAUUAAUAAUCGUUCGCAAAUGUUAAAGCAUGCGAAAGAAGGGAAGAUUGAAGAGACAAGUUCAUUGGUGUUGUCAGAUGAGAGUCACCUGCUGUUCUUAAGACUUACACAUCAUGCAAGUCAAGCGCAAAUUACCCGAAAUAUAUUUAUGGUGUGGAUGGCUUUUUGGAAUUUUCUCAUCGACAAGGCUUCAUGUGAAAAACCUUUUAAUGUUCUGAUCAUCGAGUGCAUAAUGAAAGGAACAUAUGGUUUCGUGUAUGGCUAA